CAUUUUUUUUUUCUCACUAGUGGAAUAAAAUUUGCUCACAAAAAAUGCUCAUGGUUGACAAGAGAGAGAAAGUGGCUAGAGAGAGAAUGAACAAUUUUUUUUUAUUCACUAGUGUGAGUGCUCUUAUAAUCAGUCCAAUUCAAUUCAUCAAAAUAUACCCUAUAAUACUACAAGUCUACAAACACGUUAAUUUGGGGUCUGUAUUUGAUUCCAACUUUAGGAAAUCGAGUGAGUGUACGGUGUACCCGUAGGGUGUAAAAAAAUUGAAAUGUGAGACCCCGUUCUUAUACUUGGUUUCUCUUGACAAAAGCUAGAAGAGAAUUCUGUUCCCGCCAGCAAGUUCUUAACACUUCCAUACUAUCGUCUUCCUUUCUGUAAACCUCUACAAUUAUUCAAUAAAACCCUCUCUCCUCUCUCCUCUUUCUCUCUCUCUAACUUAAGCAGCACAGCAUCAGCAGAACACAGAAGUAGCGCCAUUUCUAUGGAGGAUGAAAAGGAUACAUUAAGAGUGCUUGUAGCAACAGAUUGCCACCUUGGUUAUAUGGAGAAGGAUGAGAUACGGCGGCAUGAUUCAUUCGAGUCUUUUGAGGAGAUAUGCUCAAUAGCAGAGAAAAAGCAGGUGGACUUCAUACUUCUUGGUGGUGAUCUCUUUCACGAGAACAAACCUUCAAGGUCAACGUUGGUAAGGGCUCUGGAGAUUCUUCGUCAAUACUGCCUCAAUGAUCGUCCAGUGCAGUUCCAAGUUGUGAGUGACCAGACUUUAAACUUUUCAAACAGAUUUGGUCAUGUAAAUUACGAGGACCCUCACUACAAUGUUGGCUUGCCUGUAUUCACAAUUCAUGGCAAUCAUGAUGAUCCUGCUGGAGUGGACAAUCUAUCUGCUGUUGAUAUCUUCUCAGCAUGCAAUCUUGUCAAUUAUUUUGGUAAAAUGGAUCUUGGAGGAUCAGGGGUUGGCCAGAUUACUGUUUGCCCAAUCCUUAUCAGGAAGGGUUCCACGUCUGUGGCUUUAUAUGGCCUUGGAAAUAUACGGGACGAAAGGUUAAACAGAAUGUUUCAGACUCCCCAUGCUGUUCAGUGGAUGCGCCCUGAAGCACAAGAAGGAUGUCAAGUUUCAGAUUGGUUUAAUAUCCUUGUUCUCCACCAGAAUAGAAUAAAAACAAAUCCUAAAAAUGCUAUAAAUGAGCAUUUUUUACCACGAUUUCUUGAUUUUGUAGUUUGGGGGCAUGAACAUGAAUGCCUAAUUGACCCCCAGGAAGUUUCCGGAAUGGGUUUUCAUAUCACACAACCUGGUUCUUCUGUUGCAACAUCGUUAAUUGACGGGGAAUCGAAGCCAAAACAUGUUCUUCUCUUAGAAAUUAAGGGAAAUCAAUAUCGCCCAACCAAAAUACCUCUGCAAUCUGUGAGGCCUUUUGAAUAUGCUGAGGUUGUGUUAAAAGAUGUAACGGAUAUCGAUCAAAGUGAUCAGAAUGCAAUUCUUGAGCACUUGGAUAAAGUGGUCAGAGAUCUGAUUGAGAAGUCUAACAGAAAAGCGGUCAACAAAGCUGAGGUGAAGCUUCCAUUGGUCCGAGUAAAGGUAGAUUAUUCAGGAUUUAUGACAAUAAAUCCUCAAAGAUUUGGUCAGAAAUAUGUGGGCAAGGUGGCAAAUCCUCAGGAUAUCCUGAUAUUCUCAAAGGCUUCACGGGUUAAGAAUCGAAGUGAAGGGAAAAUUGACAAUUCUGAGAAAUUCCGACCGGAGGAACUAAACCAGCAGAAUAUUGAGGCUUUGGUUGCUGAGAGUAAUUUGAAAAUGGAGAUCCUUCCUGUCAAUGAUCUGGAUAUUGCACUACAUAAUUUUGUCAGUAAAGAUGACAAAUUGGCUUUCCAUGCUUGCUUGCAACACAAUCUUGAUGAAACACAUAGCAAAAUUGCUGAAGACUCAGACACAGUGAAGUUUGAGGAAGAAGACUUGAUUGUCAAAGUCGGAGAGUGUUUAGAGGAACGUGUUAAACAUAGGGCAACACACCCGAAGGAGACUAUUUCCUUCAGUGCUCCAUCAGAGGAGUUCCGGGGUAAGCGCAUGGCAGGAACAAAAAAUACAGCAUCUUUUAGUGAUGAUGAUGAUGAUGCCACCCAACUUUCUGGGUUGAAAUCUACUGCUCGAGGCAAGAAAGCAACCACUAAGGCCCUUGGCUCCUCCCAUGAUGCUGCUGAAACUGGUAAAACCUCAACAAGAGGAAGGGGAAGGGGAAGAGGAAGGGGUAAAGGAAAAGAUGCCACCAAUAUGAAGCAGACAACUCUUGAUGCAUCCUUGGGUUUCCGCCGUUCUCAAAGAUCUUCAUCGGUUGCUGGUUCAGCCUCAGUUCAUAAUAUUGCUGGUGAUGAUGAUAAUGUUGAUUCUGCCUCGAGUGAUGAAGCAGAGGAGUACUUAGUUCAGGAGGUUCCUGACAGUUCGGGUGAUGAUGAAAAACUUCAAGGAAAAGGUCGCAAACGAGCUGCACCAAGAGGAAGGGGUAGAGGUUCUACACAGCCCUCGAAGAGGGGAAAACAAUCGGGGAGCUCUUCACUUCAAAAGAUGCUUAUGGGCAAAGAUGAUGACGAUGAUGAUGAUGAUGACAUACCCAGUCGAUUCAACAAGUCUCAACCCAAGGUCACAAGAAAUUAUGGAGCUUUAAGACGAUGAGUUGAUGCAGUCUUCUAGUCCUCACCAAAUUGGCAUUGAAUUCACUUCCUGUAACGAGCUGUUUCAAGUGCCAACUUAUGAAAAAGUUUGGAAAUUCACCGAUGAAUAUAGGGGACCAAAAUAUGGUGAUCUUAUAGUGAAUUUUCCAUAAUUGGCAAUUUUCCAGUUGGCCAAUGUAUAAAUUUGGAAAUUUUGCUAUGAAUUUGUUUGCCGUUUUUCCAGCACUUCA